AGUCGUUCUGCUUCCUCCUUAACGACGACUGGUUGCUUCCGGUGGAAAAAAAAGGCGGGUAAAUGUUGUUGUAAGCUAGCGCUGUGUGUAACAUUUAACCUCAGAAAGAAGCUCCUACUUACCAACUGCCAACAACAGCUGGGAGAUAAUGGCGUGUAAAAGAGGAGCUCUCAUCGUGCUGGAGGGAGUCGACAAGGCCGGCAAGACGACGCAGUGCAAGAAGCUGGUCCAGGCGCUACAACAGAGCGGCAGACCCGCGGAGAUGAUGCGGUUUCCCGACAGGACAACGACUAUCGGACAGCUGAUCAGCGCCUACCUGGAGAACAAAAGCGACCUGGAGGACCACACGGUGCACCUGCUGUUCUCUGCUAACCGCUGGGAGCUGGUUCCUUUAAUGAAGAGGAAACUGGAGCAGGGCAUCUCCCUGGUGGUGGAUCGGUACGCCUUCUCUGGAGCUGCUUUCACCAGCGCAAAGCCAGGUUUCUGUCUGGACUGGUGCAAGAACCCAGAUGUGGGGCUGCCGAAGCCGGACCUUGUUAUGUUCCUACAGCUCAGUCCAGCUGAGGCUGCUCUGAGAGGUCAGUUUGGAGAAGAGAGAUAUGAGACCAGUGUUUUCCAAAGAGCGGUGCAACAGAAAUUUGAACAACUAAUGAAGGAUCCUUCAGUCAACUGGCAGGUCAUAGAUGCUGCUCAGAGCGUUGACGACGUGCACAAGGACAUCACAAAUCACAGCCUUAAUGCUGUCAACAAAGCACUGAACCUGCCUCUUGGACAGCUAUGGAAGUGAACCUGAAUCAGGCUUGAAUGAAACUCUUUCAGUAUAAAGACAGACUGUUGGUAGAGUGACCAAAUGACUCUUCUGCACACUACUCACUUUGCUUAAGUCCCUUUUUACUUGUCAUUCUUUGAAUGAAAGCGGAAGAGAAAUGCUUGGCUUUUGUUCAAAUAUGGUUUCCUACUGUCUUGAAAUUGAGUAGAAUCAUUGUCCAUCAGAUUCUGAUUUUAUUUUUUAUUUUGUAAUCCUCUUACAUAGUCUAUUGUUCACUUACCUGUCUAUAUAUUUUGUUGAUUAAAUAAAUAAUCUUUGAAUGAA